AUAAAACAAAUUAAUGAUUACAGAGAUAAAUUUUUAUCUUCGAAAAUUCUAGUUAUCAGCGGUUGCAUAAACUGAUAUAGUUUAGGUAACUUGAUAUUAAAUCUGUUUUAUCGAUAAAAUAUCGUUCAAUCGAUAAUUUGUUAUAUCGAUAAUCACCGUUAUAGUUAUUUUCUUUACGUUUGUCAUGAGUCUUUUACAUUAAACUUUUUAAUAAGGAUCCAAUAACAUCAAAGUAUAAUCGUUAAAUUGAAAGUAUCAUUGAAAAUAGUUUCAAGGUCGUAUAAAGGUGUCGUAACAUAAAUUCGUAAAAGUAAUUUUAUCCUGUUUAACUUUUCCACGUUAUAACUAAAGAAGGUACAUUAUAAAUAAAGCAAUGAAGAUGAAUUUAUUAUUACGUUUAAUUUCAUUAGAUGCUUAUAUGCUCUAUGCAGAUGAUAUUAGCUGGUCAUUUAUGGGCAAAAUCUCUAAUGCGUAUGCAACCAUCAGGUUUGAUGUUUAAUAUCAAAAAACGAUGGUACGAAUCCAACUCGGGUGAACAUAUUAGACAACAAGUUUUAACGCACACUAGUAUUUUCGUAGAAGAAGGAUUAGCGAUACAAGAAGUUCCUUUGAUCGUUAGAAAGAUUAAUAAUAUCGAAGCAAUAUGUAAUAAUAAGGAUAAACAUAGCCUCUCUGUUGUUAAUCUCCCUAAUAUAUCCAAAAAGAACAAUCAAGUCAAAUCGCGCGAUAAAAAUGAAUUAAAUCCGCAAAGUAAUUCCAAAAUAAAAGAUAAAUCAUUGAGUCGAAGACUGGAUAUUGAAACAGAGGAUGGAACUGCGAUAUUAUUCUGCCCCGAUUUGAAAUCAUUUAAAGAAGCAGAUGUUGAGAAAGCUUUGCAAGAAUUACAGUCGUUUAAUACAGCCAAUGGUUCCUAUUCAAUGCUGGACGAUAAGAUCACGCAAGAAUUAAAUUGCAGAGUAGCUUUAGAAGGAUUAAAAAAAGUCAUAGAAUUAGAGAAUAGUUGGGUUAAGCAGAAAUCUAAUAAGAUGCAGAGAAAUAGACAUAUGGAGAUUGACACUACUGCUAGAGAUAUCGUGAUGAAACAAUUGAUUAAAUUAAUUAUUAGCAGCAAUGAUAGCGAAAUGAUACUUCAAGGUCUUAUCGCAUUGAAGAAGGAUAAAAUUAGUCCUGCUAGAAAUACAUGUAGGGACUGGAUGUGUGAUGAGGCUUUAGGUCGAGCGACAGAUGGAGAAUUUUCACCUGCACAGUUGAUAAAUUUAAUAAAAAUUUUAUCGUCUUAUAAGGAUUCCAAGUAUCGUAAAUCGGUAGACACUUUAUGGGUCGGUAUUGUGCUUCGACAAAACGAGAUCACUUCCCAUACAUUAGUGGCGUUAUUUAAAAUGUUAAAAUAUUUUAAUCAGAGUAAAAACAUGGUGAAGCUUAUUCUUGAAAGGAAACUUUCUAGCUAUUAUUUAAAGUUAACGGGCACACAAAUUUCAGAAAUACUAAAUUGUUUUUACGACGAUGUCUCCGCGAAGAAUUGUUUGCAGAGUGCCAGCAAAUGGACAGAGGUAAACAUGAAUACAUCAACUGAAAGAGAUCUAAUAAAUUUUAUACGAAGUUUAAACGCGAAAGAUUAUAUUGACGAUAAAAUUGAGUACAGUUUACAAGAUUAUUUGAAGUUUAAAGCACCGCAGAUCGAAAAUUCAAAAUUAAUAGCAGCGAUUAUGGAGUAUUGUAAAAAUCUUCAAGUUAGAAAUGAACAUAUCAUGUCGGAAUGUGGGGAAUAUUUUAUAAAACAUGCUACGAAUAUACCAACUUCUUUACUACCCUCUAUUCUUACACCAUUUGGAUUUUUGUAUGUACAACUACCAAAUUCCAUGGAAUUUUGGAAAACAUUUGAUGAUGUGUUAUCAGUAAAAUUUCACGACUUAAAAUUAGACGAUGCUCUAGAUAUUCUUCUCUCUUGUACUUAUUUAGAAAGAUAUCCUACAAAAUUUUUCGAUAAAAUAUUUAUUUCACAAUUGCUUCAUAAAUUUAAUUUAAGAAGUCAUUCUGGCUUUUUUAAUCGAAUAAAGAACAAAUUAAAGCUAUUAGAUGCCACUAUGUUUUUGGAAUGCAAGGAUUAUAAAACUAUGCAUUUCCCUUUAGGGAGAAUAGACAAACCAUUAUUUCUAGAUGAAAGAAUUCGAAGAUCAGUGAAUAUGAUAUAUCAACCAUUAGCGUCUUUGAUCGGUGGAGAUAAAAAAUUGAGUAAAAACGUGAUUUUAAAUCAACUUCCAGUCAUAAAUUUUUACGUGCUUGAUAUUGUAAUACAUCCUCGUAUAGUAUCAAGUUCAGUAUUUCAUUUGAAUUCGGGACAGAAGAAGAAUAUAAAUACUGCAGUUUUGAUUUAUUUGCCAGAGUAUUAUUGUAGAAAUACAAAUUUCUUAAUAGGACCUCAAAUAAUGAGAAAAAGACAAAUAAAAAAGUUAGGUUUCCGAGUUAUGGUAUUGGACUAUACAACAUUGCAAGAAAUCUGGAAUCAGUCUGAUAAAUUGUCAUCUUAUUUGUUAGAAAGUUUACAUUCGGCAGAAGAUGCUUUGUAAUGCGUAAGCGAUAAGAAUUAAAAGCAAUGUGAUUAUCGAAAUGUAUUGCGUAAUGUAUGAAAUACAAAUUUCUCAGAAGAUCAUUUUUUAGUGACAAUAAAAAUGUAUGAAUUUUUUUUUUCUAAAUCAAAGCGUUAUGUAUAUUUUUGCUAGUUCGAUAUGUUAAUAAAUUCAUUUUUU